CUCCCUCACUAGCUAGCUGUGUCCUGCCUACCUAGCGGUAUCAAUACCCGGCUGCAGCUCACCACCACCACCAACCAACCAACCCACAGUUCCCAUAUAGGCAGCCAUCGGCUACACAGCCUCGCCUCCGUAAGCAGAGUGUGUCGUUGGAAGAGAGACGACGGCGGCCAUGGCGACCUCCUUCCAGGGGACGACCACCAAGUGCACCGCCUGCGACAAGACGGUGUACCUUGUGGACAAGCUCACCGCCGACAACCGCAUCUACCACAAGGCCUGCUUCCGCUGCCACCACUGCAAGGGCACCCUCAAGCUCGCCAACUACAACUCCUUCGAGGGAGUGCUCUACUGCAGGCCUCACUUCGACCAGCUGUUCAAGAGGACAGGGAGCUUGGACAAGAGCUUCGAAGGAACUCCGAAGGUUGUCAAGCCAGAAAGAAACGUUGGGAAUGAGAAUGCUACUAAAGUCUCAAGCGCCUUUGCUGGCACCAGAGAGAAAUGUGUUGGAUGCAGCAAGACAGUCUAUCCAACUGAGAGGGUCACUGUUAAUAACACUAUGUACCACAAGAGCUGCUUCAAGUGCUGCCAUGGAGGGUGCACCAUCAGCCCUUCUAACUACAUUGCGCACGAGGGGAAGCUGUACUGCAAGCACCACCACAUCCAGCUGAUCAAGGAGAAGGGGAACUUCAGCCAGCUUGAGAAUGACCACGAGAAGACAUCACAGGCUGGGUCACUGGAGGAGGAUGAACAAGAGUAUUGAUCACUGAGCACAACCACAGAUGAAUAAUGAAUCCUCUUGCAUUUGCCUAGAGCACUAUGUAUUUCUGUGGCGUGGUUCGAUUUCAGUUUUACCAAUGGAGGUCAUGUGUGUUCAGAGAACAAUGAUAUUGUUGUCUUGUAUCUGCAUGUAAACGUUGUUAUCUUUGAGUCAGAUACUCUACCUGGUUUCACCA